CAGGCAAUCAGAACAUUUGCCUGCCAGCGUAUAAAAGGGGUGGCAGGCGGCACAUCCCGACACAUUCAGUCAGCAAUCGUCAUGGAAGCAACAACUGUUAAGACCGCCUACGCUCUGUUCCUGCACCGCUCGGAGCUACAGCGACGCAAGGCGCACUACGCCAAGAUGUCGCAGACGAAGAUUCUGUUGACCAACGAAUUAAUUGCCAAAACAAAGCAGCGCAUGGCCACGUGCAGCUACGAGGAUCUGCAGAUACUGGUCCGGGAGCAGCAGUUCAAGCGGCUGCUUGAACAGAAGCUACGGCAUAGGGCUAAGCAGCUCAAAGCGGUGCAGAGGCAGAACCGCAAACUCAAGCUGAAGCGACUGCAGUGAAGCCGGACCAAGGACCAGAGGAAUUUGGACACAGUUCAGCAGUCGACUGAAUAGCAAUGGAAUCAUAGAAUCAUCAGCUAAUAUUUAGUUCAA